CCCUUUCUUCUCCGGUACGGUCGUUAAAUGCUUUCGUCUAUUGAUUGAGUAGCCGAGACCCCAGCAGUUUCUAGUAGGGACACUGUAGAGCGAUACUUCGAUGGAAUGAUAGAUAUCUUCGCAAUCGCCAAUAAAGCUAUGCUCGUUUCGCUUUCUUCUUGUUACUGGAUACUAAAUCCGAUUAGUCUAGCCGGGACUGAUCCUUCGUGUCUGAUUAAGCAGGCUGUGCUACCAGCAACCGGGUUUUGAUGUCGCUUUUUGUCUGGUAGCGCUUUACCAGCUACUUUCCCCACCUACUCGUAUGCUUGGAUGAGCUUCAUCUUAUCGCCACCCAGGGCACCUUCGGAGCAGCUACGGCUUGAUAGCUUUCGGAUCCUAAGCCGACUGUUACUGAUUGUCGAAUUCAAGCCAUGGUUCUGCCGCGAAACAUGGUGCAGCGAGCCCGACCAGGCGUAUCGCAUCCUGUGGGAGUGUUUCUCGCUGGGGGCACCAUUGUGCACGCUCUUGAACCUCUUGUCGCCGCCCUAUCACGGCGUCGCAUUUGAGUUUGAGCUGUCGAUGGACGAGCGGGUCGCGUUCUUUGAAAAGUUCAUUGAACGCGUGCGCUUGCUGGAGAUCCAGGGCUUACUCCCGUAUGGAGAGGUCCUUCGUGUUGACGACAUGUUUGGGAGGUCGAAUCCUGGGUUUGCGAGGGUGUUGAAAACAAUACAGAAUAUUCUGUGUGCAUUACAAGGGUCCUAUCCAGGACUAUUCGUCGUUCCUUACCGGUCGCAGUAUCAGCGCCAAGCUUUCGUACAAAAUUUGCUGGACACUGAGCGGGCUCAUGCGUGCAGCUUGGGAAUGGUCGCAGAAUCUGUCUUGAUGAUGUCAGAAACGACAGGCUUGAUUGACCCAGGCCUAGAGUGCCUUCUUGUUAAUCGUACCCAUCUGCGUGAAUAUCACGACAGGGUCCUAUCGUCCUUGGAGAAGGUCGUCGCUGCUCCUUGGCUGGAAAACUGGAUUACAACAUUCAAUUCUGACCACAUAACGUUCAGAACGAGAACGGUCAGUGCCUAUCGGUCCAUAUGCGUAAACUAUCUCCCUAUGUUCGAAUUCCUCCAAAAUCAACUGGAGCUUCUCGAACCGGCUCUGAAAAUUCACGCUCAAACCCUUCUCAAUAUCCUUGGCCAUUUGCCUUCCAGAAUUUCUGAAUAUUGUUCUUUCCUUGCUGCGAUCUUGCAGGUUUCUUCUCCAUCCGAACAUCCCUCCUAUGAUACUCUGUGUACCGUCCUAUUUCAAAUGCGUGAGGCGUCAGAGACCAUUGACGAGAUGAGUCGCCAGAUACGCACCAUGAGGGCAGCACGGAUCCUCAAGGCGCGCGCAUAUCUCUGGGACAGCGAGAUCGAUCCUGCUUCCCUCGGCUCGCUCCUCCUCGAUGAUAUACUCAUGGAAGCCUCGGGGACGCGAUACGCGGUUUUCUUGUUCGAAGCAAUGCUUUUGUGCUGCUUGGAUGGUGCCGGGGACCGCCGACCGGCACGAUACCCUACUAAGCCAUGGGAGUUGGGUCCUGGGCUGAGGGAGAAGUCGUUGUUGAAUCUUGUCCAUGCUAUUCCGACUAGUUGCCUUGGCGUGGUCCGUAUCACAAGUGACCAGUCCUUUUCAAUUGAAUGGAAGGACGCUCGUACUUUGGAACUCAAUACGACCUGCUCCGCUCAAAACGAGCAGUGGGGCUCGUUGCUGGGGUUCUUCGCUGCAGCCAUUGAUAAUGAAUUGUGUUCCAGGGAUAGUCUUGAUAAUGCUUCCCUUCUUUCUGAAGACGAAGAUGCUGGGGGACGACGGAGAUCGCAUCCUAGACCAUGGAGCAUCAUUGCCCGUAAAGGGCCUCAGUCGGAGUCUUCUUCGUUCAUCCGCCAGGAUUUUGGGAACAAUGAUAUUUUAUUAAGUCCAGGCUUGUUACCUACGCUCUUUAAUGGCACUUCGGAUCCUCCCAAAAGUCCUUCAUCAGGAGAAACGCACUUUACUCCUCUAAGCUUGCAUUUCGAUCCACCACCGACACCACCUCCGGGGUUGGAUACACUUGACAAGCAUGAUCCAUCGAUCUUAUUGGAUUUGACCGGCAAAGUUACGCGAGAAGGUCGGUUCCCUGAAGCUCUCGGAGGAUUUUCGGACGUGUGGAAGGGAUUAUGGAUGGACGGCCUACGCGAACGAAGGGUCGCUAUCAAAGUUCUGCGCUCUCGUGUGGACAAUCCGGCGAUGGAAGAGAAGAUGAAGUUGCGUCUUUGGAGGGAGCUGAACAUGUGGAAAAAGUUGGACCACCCCAAUAUUCUCCCGUUACUUGGGGUCGUAUCAGAUUUUGGCCGAUACGACGCUAUGAUCUGUCCAUGGUUGGAUAAUGGGAGUGUUACCAAUCACAUGGAACGAUGUGGAGAUCUCCUUUCCAUGACAGAUCGGUUGCAACUUUUAUGCGAAGUAGCGGAAGGGUUAAGAUACUUACAUUCUUUCAAUAUCAUACAUGGAGAUCUUACCGGAUCGAACAUCUUGAUCAACGAUCAAGGGAAGGCACUUCUAGGGGACUUCGGCUUGUCAAGCAUUGUUGCCGAGUUCGAUGAGACAUCCUGCAUGACUUCCGGAGUCAGUGGAGCUGUACGCUGGGCUGACGCCUCGUUGUACAAACUUUUGGGAGACGAUGAGGAUGAUAGGGUCCCAUCACUUACAACCAUGAGUGAUGUAUACUCUUUUGGUAGCGUCACCUUAGAAAUCUUGUCAGGUCGCAUACCAUAUCAUUACGUCCGCACGGACGCCCAGGUCAUCAUCGAGCUGCAUAACGGCAAGAAACCUCGGCGGCCUGCGCCGUCCUUCGUCACCAACGCGCAGUGGGAUUUCAUUCAGCGCUGUUGGGCUGAUGAUCCGCAGGAAAGGCCAGAUGUUGGACAGGUUUUGGCAUCCAUUCAAGGCUUGUAUCGCACAAGCUUGGAUUUCAGAAGACACAGUGCUUGACCCUCUGGAUGUUGUAUGUACCCGUAUUUUGUUGUAUCAUUAUCAUUGUCAUAACAUUUUCUUGGAAUCUUCAACGAGAUUGCAUGUACUGUAGAAUACCUUGAAUUGCAGAUGAACGGGACUGAUGAUUUGUGAACCAGCGAAGGACAACAA